AUGGCCGCGUUCCGUGAACUGCGCCCCUCCUCCGACCACGUCCACCCCGAAGAAACCCAACCCUCGUCAGCGGCCAGCAGCGAGGCUGGCGGCACCAAUGACCCGAACUCCGCCAAUCCCGCCAGGUGCGACGGACAAGAGCCGGGUCCAUGCACCAGGUGUCGGAUGCGUGAGGUGGGGGACCAAUGCCAUUAUGAGGUGCAUGUCAAGACGGCCAAGGAGGAAAUGGUUCGCAGAAUCAAGAGCCUCGAGCAGCAGAAUGCAGACCUCCAGGGAUCGGUCAAGGAGCGCAACAGGCAGAUCGGGGCCAUCAUCGAGGCAAUGAGGACCGACGAGCGCGGCGCUGAGGCCAUCGCACGGCUGCGAGCUGGCCAGCCUUUCCAGGAGCUCGUUGCCUGGCUCCGUGGCUCUCCUGUACGCGAUAUUGAUCGCUUUUCACCGGCUUCUGACACCAGCGGCACCGAUGCCGCACAAGACUACGACGAGACGGCGCGGACCCAUGUUAGCUCGCAGUCACCAGAUGGCGACCCUCGCUCGCGAUGGACUUUCGCCAACGUCCAGCUGACGGACCAUCUCAUCGCCUUGUUCUUCACCUGGGUGCAUCCCAUCCACAUGCUGUUCAGCGAAUACUACUUCAUGAGAAGCUUCAGCGACGGCGAUCGCGAUUAUUGCUCACCGGCUAUGGUCAACAUGAUGUGCGCCAUGGGCUGCCACUACCACACCGAUCUGUCUGGCGACGAAACCCAGUCCAGAGCCCUCCAGAAACGCUUCUUCGAGAGGGGUAUGGCCGAGGUUGCGAAAGAAGAUCCGAGGUCGUUGACAUGCGUGACCACGUACGCGCUCCUUUUUUUGGUCGAACUGGGUUCCAAUCAAGCACGAAAUGCGGCAUCCCACCUGCGCCUGGCAGCCGACAGUGUUGCUGCAUUGGAUAGAGCCGCUUACGCCCCAGCAGCCUUGGAAAUAACUGCAAGGGGCAUCCAUACUCUGUGCGCGCUCUGGGCAUCUUUAACGUACCAGAAACCUGCGUCGGCGCUUUCCCCAUCCCAAAUAUCCAGUUGUCCGGACGUCCUCAGAAACGAUGGAUUAUGGCAACCGUAUCGUCAUUUCCAGGACAAAACAACACAACAAGUUCUGAGCCAGGCUAUUGCAACAGCGGAAGCCAUGACGAAACUCGGACAGAUAAUACACGAUAUGGUCGGAGUGUACUGCGGAUGUAACGACACCAUAACGGCGCGUUCUGUGAUCGCCCUAUGCCGCCGGCUCUACGAAUGGAAGCGAAGACUCCCACUUCCGCUGGCGGUUAGAAGCGACGGUGUGACGCUAUCUCACCCGCUGCCGCAUGUUCUCUCUCUUCAUAUCCACUACCACGUCGCCUUCUGUCAACUUUACCGGCCAAUACUCGAGCUCGCCGACCUCCCAGGGACCACAAGAACAUAUCUGAUUAGCCUCAUGAUCCAAAGCGCGCUGGACGGCCUUCAGCUGCUGGAGCGGUACAGAAGCUUGUAUACCCACAGAUACCAAAAUCCACUUCUGGCAUUCUGUGUCGUCCACAUCUGCGAGACGCUGUUGCGGGCGGGCAGAGAUCAGGAGCGGGCAGUGCGAUUCGCCUUGGAAGCCACGCACGAAUCUCUUGCUGGCUUCGCUUAUGUCGGUCCGCUCCAGUUCAUGUUCUGCCAGACCGCAGACGAGCAGAGAGUCGAGCUGCCGGAAAAUGCCCGACAGCUUAUGGGCGGACGCACGGGCUACGGCCCUGAAGAGAUGCUUGACGCGUGCGAGAGAAUGACAUUCACCCAACCCAGCCAGAUGCUUCGACAUCGCAUGGACCGCAACCUAGGUAUAGAGUUUGAACGAGAGUGGAAGCAGGCCAUUCCUGUCGAGGUCCAUGGCGCAGCAGGGACCAACCAGUGGGUCGGCGCAGCAACAGGAUCGCGAGAUGCUGGACUGAUGGCGCAGCGGUCCGAAUCCACCAGCAGCUCCGCGUCCGGGGGCAGCAGUGCGCGGUCGAUGCAAAUCAACUCGGUGGUCAAUCCGUAA